AUGGCGGUUUUACAGUCAGUAUUUGGCUAUGAUUCAUGGAAUAUUAAUCAUUGUUUCAGAGAAGCAAAUAAUAUGAUUCUAGGAGGCAAUGACAGUAUUGAGGCGAUUCGUAUAUGGUCUCUUUCACUAUUACUCAACAAUCGUCAUGUACUGAAAAAAGCACAAGAGGAGUUGGACAUGCAUAUCGGUAAGGACAGAAAGGUAGAUGAAUCAGAUAUCAUUAAAUUGGAAUAUCUCCAAGCUAUUGUCAAGGAAACAUUACGAUUAUACCUGGCAGCUCCAUUAACAGCACAUGAGGCCAUGGAAGAGUGCACUAUAGCUGGUUAUCGGGUCUCGGCUGGUACCCGAAUAGUGACAAACCUGUGGAAGAUCCAUCAAGAUCCACGUAUAUGGUUCGACCCAUAUGAAUUUCGUCCAAAGAGAUUUCUUACAAGCCACAUAGGCAUUGAUUUUCGAGGUCAAAAUUUUGAAUUAAUACCGUUUGGGUCUGGCAGGAGAAUGUGUCCUGGGGUUUCUUUUGCUACUCAAGUUGUGCACUUGAUUCUUGCUCGUUUGCUUCAAGGGUUCGAGCUUGGAACCCCUUCAGAUGAACCUGUGGAUAUGACAGAGAGCUCAGGGUUAACCAAUCUCAAGGCAACCCCACUUGAAGUCCUUCUCAUGCCUCGUCUUCCUUGCAAGCUUUAUCAAAUGAAUGAGAUGAAGCAUAUCCAUCAAUCUUAA